AUGAGUCGCGCACCUUACGAGCUCCCGGUGCAGAGCAGGCUUGUGUGUUUGAUUGUAGUUGGUGAGUUGGUGUUGGUCGGUGAGGUCUUGAUCUUGAUCGGCAUCGCAUCGACACAGCCGCCGCUUCGACGGAGAGAGAGUGGAGCCAAGGUGCAGCGCCUGUUCGAACAGCGCCGGCAGCAGGUCCCGGCUCGGGGUGAGGCUGAGAAUAUACACCUUCUGCUUUUUUGUGCAGGUGGCCUGCGGAGGGAUGCCACGGGCCUCGCCGGCGUGUUGGAGCGCGGGUGCAGAGCGAGCACAAAGCCUCAUCGCACAAAGUCUGAAGAGCCGGAAGAGGCGAUAGUCAUCGGGGUGCACUUGAAGGGAGAGGAAGACAUCGCCUGCCCCUCUCAGCUGGAGGCAGCUGGAGUUCUUGAGGACUUCAGGAGCGGCCGCAAAUGCGUUCCAGCGCACUUUUGGUGGUGA